AACCUUCAGGUCUCCCCAAACUCCAAACCUCCAGCCUCGCCCAGCUCCCUUAAGCCGCGGCACCCCAAUCUUCCUCCCCAGAACAGAACUCGUUCGUUGAGGAAGCCUUUUCCACCUCCGAGUCUCUGCUGCUCGCCACACAUAGCAAUCAUGCUGCCGGCCACGCGAUCUGCGGCCUCAAUGGCCCUCCGAGUCAAUCCUGCCUCUGCGCUGAUGCCCUUCCGAGCUGCCGCCGCCUUCACAACAACAUCUCAAAAGGAUGCCACCUCGUUGACCCCCCACUCGCCCAGCUUCGGCAAGAUUCGCAAGGAAGUUCCCCUCCCCAGCGAGGAGGGCACCAAGGGCGUCAUCCAAUACGCGCUCACCUCCCUCGACAUCAUCGCCAACUGGGCCCGUCAAUCCUCCCUCUGGCCCAUGACCUUUGGUCUCGCCUGCUGCGCCGUCGAAAUGAUGCACCUCUCCACCCCGCGAUACGACCAGGAUCGUCUCGGAAUCAUUUUCCGUGCCUCCCCCCGUCAGUCCGACGUCAUGAUCGUUGCCGGCACCCUCACCAACAAGAUGGCUCCCGCCCUGCGCCAGGUCUACGAUCAGAUGCCCGACCCCCGAUGGGUCAUCUCCAUGGGCAGCUGCGCCAACGGCGGCGGCUACUACCACUACAGCUAUAGCGUCGUCCGCGGCUGCGACCGCAUCGUCCCCGUCGACAUCUACGUCCCCGGAUGCCCGCCCACCAGCGAGGCCCUCAUGUACGGAAUCUUCCAGCUGCAGAGGAAGAUGCGCAACACCAAGAUUACCCGAAUGUGGUACAGGCGGUAAAUAAGAAGGGAAGAGAAUGAAGGUGAAAUAUGGGAAGAAGACGAGAAGAAAAGGAUGGGAGAAAUUGGCUUUACGUGAUUUGAACGGUACAGAGGUACUGAAAAGUAUGGAGAUGAAGAAAUCACUUAUCCAAAGGGGAAUGGAGCUAUUCGAUCAUGGGACACGACGGGGGAAUUCUUCAAGACGGAAAUUCUGAGUCAAACCCCAAACGCAGGAAGAAGCAAUAUCAUACAUUGGCUCGGUAUUAAUUUUUUUUUACUAUGUUUUCUCAAAAUUUGUGUAUAUACACUCUGGGCUGCAUUGAGGUUAGAGGUGUAGUGUAGAGUAUCUGCCAGAAAAUACUGUACCAAUACUACGAGCCACACUUGAAGAAAAUAAACAGAUGACAUGAG